GGUGUCGCGGGACAGCCUCCGCUCCCGACCGGACCAGUGCCGAACCUCAGCCUGGCCGAGGCGAAGCAGCUUGCUGAGCUUUCGCAGAAGGCAGGGGACUCGGCCGCGUUCAAGCGUUAUUCUGAUCUCGCCAAGCACCUGGAGAACGCUCAGAAGCCCCCGCCUGCAGUUUCCCCUCAGACGAAGCUGCAGCAAGCCGACAGUGCCGUCAAGAAGCUGGAGAAGAAGCUUGAGGCCGACCUCGCGCGGAUGCUCAGGUUUCAGAACGAUCUGGAGGAUGCGACUACCAAGAUGCACGAGACCAAGGCCGCUCUUGCCAAGGCGGACCAGGAUUACAAAAAUGCCUUGGCGGAAUGCAACGAGAGUGCCAAGAUCGGGACGCCCAACAACGUGUCGAAGGCGCAGUUCACACCUGUAUCGUUGGGCGACCUGGUUGAAGGCAAGUUCGAUAUCAAUUCCUUCUUCUCGAGUGACCUGCUGGACGAGCUCAGCCUGGAGUACGAAGUCACGGAGACCGACCGCAUGGAGUUCGAGAAGCGGAAAGAGUCGUUACGAGAUGGAGUGCAGAAGCUGGCAUCGGACCUCUUCAAGCAAGUCGUCAUCGCCGCGCAGCUGGGGCGGCAGAAGAAGGUGAAGUUCAAGUCCCACGAGCCUCUGCUCAGGGCGCUGCAGCUGCUGCAACCGCCGAAGCUGAAGGUGAUCGGGAAGCUGGAGAUGUUCCCGUAUCCACUGACGGCGAACAGGAUGCAGAGAUGGCGGAGCCUGCUGGGCAUGAGCCCGAUGGGC